GCCGCAUUGUUAUCCGCCAUUGUGGAGUCAUUCCAGUCGUCCUAUCAAAUAAAUUGGUGUGGGGUGCCUUGGUAUGAUCAUAUUCCUUGUGGAGUUGCGAAGGUUUCACAAUGGAUGACAUCAAAAUGGAAUCAAAUAUCACCGAGAGACUGCAACAGGUUAUAGAAUCAACCAACACUGCUCUUAGUCUGGCCAAAUCUCAGAAGAAAUUGUUUUGUAAAAAUGUUUUGAUUGCUAAAAACCAGAUUAGGGAUGAUAUAGGGAUUCAUUUGGAUUUGCUCCGCAACCGAGAGGUGUGGCUGUUGGAGCAAGUUGAGAUUCACGCUCAGAUGCGAGAAAAGAUCAUUCAAGGUUAUCUUGAUAAAAUUUCCACUUUGCAGUCAAAGUUGCAAGUUUUUGACGAGAUUUUGCAGAGUUCUACUGAUGAUAAAAAUGUAGAAGUGCUUCAUCAUGUUGAGGAUUUUCUUGCAAAUCUUGGUCCGGAAUCAUUGCUAAUGGAUGAUGCCUUUAAAAUAUGCUUUGUUGCUGAUAACUUUGCACUAGCUGCGGCAUUGAGGAUGUAUGGUACUGUUGAAGCAAGUAAACAUUGCACGUCUUCUCAAAGUGUAGCAGUAACAGGAGAAAAGAAGCUGUUGCCAAGAAAGUGUUGUCAUUCUGAGAAGAAUAGCCUUCACAGAAGUUUUGAAUACAUAGAAAGUUUUCCAUUGAAUGAAUGGUUAGUAAAGUGCAAGAAUUUGGAAACUAAUGUCGCUGAUGGUGUUUCUGUUUUUCAGUGGAAAACAUUUGAAGAGCUUAAAACUUCAAAACAUGAAGAAUGGCUUUAUUGUGAUAGUUCUCAGCCCACUGAAAAGAAAAUCACUGAAGUGAACAAAUUCUUUGAGCAAAAUAAAACUUCUCCAAGUGCUGAGUGGUUGUUAAAACCAACAAACGUGGAGGAAUCUAAAGGUGUGUUAGAUAAUCCACAAGUCAUCAUUGAUCUUCCUUCUGGGGAUAUUAAUGAUUGGCUUGUAAAAUCAAAUAAAAGUCAAAGCUCCAUUAUUGAAGAUAAAAAAAUCAAUGAUGUAGGCAUCUCAUUUCAAAAUUGUAAUAUUGGCAAGAAGUCCGAUGAGGAAUCCUGGUUACAAGGAAGUGCUACACUGAAGGGUGUCACAGUUGAUGCUGGGACAAAGCCUAAGAAGCUUGAUUCUGAUUGGCUGAUAAAGUCAGUUACGUCUCAUAAAGUUGUUGAGCAGCAGGAGUUUGGUGAUGGACAUGAGACGAAUGCAAGUGAUUGGUUAAUUAAAUCUCCUGAUCCCAAGCCAGAUUAUUGUGAAUGGUUGAGGCAAGAAUCCAUCGAUCAAUGCAAAGGUUGUGCAGGCGAGAAUUGCAUUAACGCGAUUGAAAAUGUUUUGAAUAAAUCACAAAAAGAUUGGCUUGUGACAGUCACUGAUUGGUAAACUUUAAGGUUUCAAUGAAAUAUAGCAUGGGGAAGUAAUGUCAUUUUUAUGUUAUUUUAGAGUUUUUAGUCAUUUUACUGUAGUCUUCAAUUUGCUUUUGAAAACUGAAUUGAAAUCGAAGCUUCUACACACAUAUGCAGAAUUUUUGAUAAGAUAAGAAAAUCAAUAAAAAUCAAGUUAGAUGGUGAAAUUUUUAAGCAUUUAUUGAACGUUUCAAAUGAAUUUUUUCAAUUCAAAAGCAAGUUACAAUCCAGGGAUCGGUUGCACAAAGGCCAAAUAGAGUUGUCUACUGGAUUAGUCUGGAUAGCAAUAUUUUAGCGCUUCUAAUGUGCUUUUGAGGAGGAAAUGUACGAUUUGAAAUGAACAAACAAUAGAAUACAAUGUUGGUUCUAGAAAUACAUUUAUUAUUGCUAAUAGAAUAUCAAUUAACACUUUUUUCACAAGUUUAUCGUUCAAAAAAGUUACCAACAAUAGAUAACGCUAUAUCCAGGCUUAGUGCAACCGGCCCCAGGUAACAACAUUUGGAAUAAAUAACGUUUAAAAGCAAGAUAUUCGUUCUUUUUAAUAAAAUUAAACGUAACCAAAUAAAAUAAUGUCAAAAUUGAUUCGUCAAUUGUCACCGACUACUUCACCAUUAGCGUAAAAUUACCCAUCCAGAUGUUCGAGGGCAAAGUACGUCGUUCUGUUUUAUGCGCGCAUGCGUUAGCGUCUUUCAACAAUAGCAGCCUUUGAUUGAUCAGGACAAAUUAAUACCAUUAAAACCAAUGAUUAAAACUCGUGUCAGUUGUCAUGAGUUUUAGUGAAAUAUUAAAAACACAAAAGAUGUCAGAAUAUUGAUCUUCUCAUACGUGUACAAUAUGAGACGAAAUUUACGAUAGAAAAGAGAUAUGUUGACAAGUCAUGUUAUACAUCACGACUUUGUUGGUGGUAAUACUAACGACAAUGGAAAGUAGACAUAUUGAUGAUUUUUGUAUCGUGUUAUUAGUCAUUACUCCAGACGCAUUUUUUGUAAAUAUUUUUAAAUGACGUAAAUCAUAUAUUAAAGCAACAUUUCAUGCACGAAAUUCGUGCCCUAUGA